AUGCCAGUACGCAAUUUUUCCGCGUCCCUAAAUGAAUAUGGGCAACCUGGAACAACUGCAGUCUUGAUGAAGUCCCCGGAAGAAAGCGCAGCCCCGGAGAACAUCGUGGCCUACGGACCAGGGAUGUUCUUCUCGCCCUCUGGCGCCGUUUCAAUGUCUCAGCACCUCACGCAUUGUCUUUCGCCAUCUACGCUGUGCUCAAGUUCCGUACCUUUCCCAGUUGGCUCCUACAUCAUUCCAGACAACAUUUCCAAGAGUGUCGGUCUAACGGCCGCUGAGAGCACCAUCAAACCCCCGUAUUCCUACAUCGCGCUAAUUGCCAUGGCCAUUCGUAGCGCGCCUGAUCAGAAGAUAACGCUGAACGGGAUCUAUAAGUUCAUCAUGGACCACUUCCCAUUCUACCACCACAACAAGCAGGGCUGGCAGAACUCUAUACGACAUAACCUUUCCCUGAACGACUGUUUCGUCAAGCUCCCAAGAGAGAAAGGCAAACCGGUCAAAGGACACUACUGGACACUUGGUGCCGACUGCGAAGCCAUGUUCGAAAAUGGCAACUUCCGUCGCAGAAAGCGCAAGAAGAAGCAACCGGUACCGGACCGGGAUAGGGAGACAGCGGUCGCCCAUGCCCGUCUCCAGUUGGAAAGCCUGGCCGUCAAAUUCACAGACAGAAUGGCCGUGCCAGGAGAGCACUCGACGCCGCGUCAAAUGCUUAGCGUUUCGCACAAGCUGCCGGCGGCUCCUAGCUCCCGACGGAACCUGCUCCUGGAGCCGUGCGACUCGAAAACGCGGGACUGUACGUUCAAAAGUUCCUUCACAAUCGAGAACAUUAUGAAGCGCAGCCCUCCAACCCCCUCUGUUGUUCACGGAGGUGGGAGGAGCUAUCUGCCGAACGGAAGCUCUGCUGAGAUCGGGGAACAGUCGUUCGUUUCGUGGGCCCCUACGAGCGCCACCUACGAGCAGCUGAUUGGUCCAAAGUGCAGCCAGGUGGCCCACAGGGAAACUUUGUUGUGCAGUGCCGGAAUGCUUCCUGUCUCCAAAGUGGAGCCAUUUUAA